AGAGAUCACCAACAUCGCUUUAGUGUUCUUUAAUGGCGUCGAUUCAACUUGCAUCUCAUUUUCUGGGCACAAAACCUAAAAAGAACAAUCCUAGUCCAAUCCUUCAAGGCUACUCUCAAACCAAAUUAUUAUCCUUUCACCGCCAGAGGUUCUUACUCUGUUCACUCUCUAUGAACGGAUGUGAGGCUAACUAUAAAUCCCCACUUGGCACGGUUGAAACAAGGACUCUCUCGACGGUUCUGUCUCCCGCAGCCGCUACUGAGAGUCUUAGAAACGCCGUCUCUGCCCUCAAAUCUCAACCGCCGCCCUUCUCCUCCGGCAUUAUCAGGUUACAGGUACCAAUUGAGCAGCAAAUAGGAGCAAUCGAUUGGCUUCAUGCGCAGAACGAGGUUCUUCCUCGCUGUUUAUUUUCCUGCCGUAGCGACGCAGGCCGUCCUGAUCUUCUUCAAGACUUCUCUAGUAACGGUGGGUCAUCUGACCCUAAUCCGGUUAGUGUUGCUGGAAUAGGGUCUGCAGUCUUUUUCCGCAAUCUGGAUCCCUUUUCUCACGAUGACUGGAGAUCGAUCCGAAGGUUUUUGUCUUGGAAGUAUCCCUUGAUUCGUGCUUAUGGAGGUCUUCGGUUUGAUCCCAAUGGAAAGAUCGCUGCGGAAUGGGAACAUUUUGGCUCUUUUUACUUUACAGUGCCUCAGGUCGAGUUUGAUGAGUUUAGGGGAAGCUCAAUUCUGGCUGCAACUGUUGCUUGGGACAAUGAGCUCUCAUGGACGCUUGAAAACUCCAUUGAUGCACUUCAGGAAACUAUGCUUCAGGUUUCUUCUGUUAUAAUGAGAUUAAGGCAAGAAUCUCUGGGAGUAUCUGUUGUUAGUAAGAACCAUGUUCCAAGUGAAGGAGCCUAUUACCCUUCUGUUAGUAAUGCUCUGGAGAUUAUAAAAAAUAAAAACUCACCCCUAAGCAAAGUUGUGCUUGCACGCUGCAGCAGAGUUAUUACGGAUACUGACAUUGAUCCUAUCGCUUGGUUGGCACGGUUGCAGAGUGAGGGACAAGACGCUUACCAAUUCUGUCUUCAACCACCUGGUGCUCCAGCAUUCAUAGGGAACACGCCUGAGAGACUCUUUCAUAGAAAACAUCUAGGUGUCUGCAGCGAGGCUUUGGCUGCCACCAGGCCUAGAGGCGAUUCAAAGGUUCUUGAAAUGCAGAUAGAGCGAGACUUACUAACCAGUCCAAAAGACGAUCUUGAGUUUUCUAUUGUGCGAGAUAAUAUCAGAGAAAAGCUAAAAACCAUAUGUGACAGAGUAGUUGUUAAACCCCAUAAAUCAGUGAGAAAGCUUGCAAGAGUACAGCACUUAUAUUCUCAACUUGCAGGUCAACUAAGAAGAGAAGAUGAUGAGUUUGGCAUCUUGGCUGCUUUGCAUCCGACGCCAGCUGUUUGCGGAUGUCCAGUAGAGGAAGCAAGGCUUUUGAUUGAAAAAAUUGAGUCCUUUGAUAGAGGAAUGUAUGCUGGACCUAUUGGGUUCUUUGGUGGUGGAGAGAGUGAAUUUGCAGUAGGCAUAAGAUCUGCUUUAGUCGAAAAGGGUCUUGGAGCAUUGAUCUAUGCAGGAACAGGAAUAGUUUCAGGAAGCAAUCCUUCCUCGGAGUGGAACGAGCUAGAGCUUAAGAUCUCUCAGUUCACCAAGUCACUUGAGCAUGAGCCAGCUUUGCAAGCCAAUCAACUAAAGAGACAAGCAAAGUUGAAAUUGUUGUAGAGUAAUACUAUCUCUAGUUAAAUUGCUUUGUAUCGUUGUGUGUUUGGUGUGUGUAUGUAUGUUGUAAAUAGAAGUAAUUAAAACUAAUGA